AACCUCAGUCCAGCAGCGGGCUCAUUAUCGCCUCCGCAUUCCAUAUCUCGACCACCUUCAGCACAGCCAAUUGAUACUCAAUCGGACUCGCGGCGACGUCUGCCAAUUGAGCAUCAUGGCCUCACACGGUUCUGGGCCCGCCAUGCCCGCCCGCGACUUCGAGCCCAAGGACACGCUCGCGCAGACCUUUAGGUUUGGAGCCACCACCGGCGCAUUCGGCGCCAUCUUCGCCGGCAUCCAGAAUACAAUGACCCGGCGUAACCCUACCUUCUGGGGCUUCUUCACACGCUUCGGCGGCACGACCGUAACCUUCGCUGCCACGGGGGCGACCUAUGCCUUCGUCAAGAACUUCUCUGCCAACUUGCGCGAGACGGAUGACUCGUGGAACGCCGCGUACGGUGGUUUCCUCGCCGGCUCGAUACAAGGCCUUCGUCGCCUCUCCUUCCCCGCCUUUUUCGGCUACGGCUCCGCCCUCGCUUCCCUCCUCUUCAUCUUCGACUACACGGGAAGCCGCUGGAGCGUGCACAGUCGUGACCCAGACGUCGACGAAGUCGCACGCAAGGAGAUGAUCCGUAAGAACAGGAGGCGACCAAUCGCCGAGACGAUCGCGGAGCUGGGCGAAGGCCGAGGCAUCGAGGCUCCUGGUUUUGAGGAGAGAAGAAGACAGAGACUCAAAGAGACAUAUGGAAUCGAUCUGGAUGCAGCGGGUGUGCCUAGUUCGAGGCAUUAGAGAGAGGCUGCAAUAUCCAAGAAGGAGUAAGAAGGCCGUAGGGAAAGUGAACGAUGAGAGCAAGCGUGGAGGCGAAGUAAGAAGACAGUGUGGAUCAUGUAUAUAAACCAACUGGGCUGCGCAUACUGACACAUGGCGUACAUUCAGUUUGCAGCAACGCAUACAAAUGCGAAUGUGCUUCUUUUGUUCCUUAAGCGUACACCUGGGUAUAUGACCAUCGUCUACUUAUGCUGGAUAUCGAUUCUCUUUACCAUUCCCCCUCCCAACAUAGCG